AUGUCCCGGCGGGCUAGCUCGGGCGACUCACCACCGUCGGUGGGUGCAGAGGAAAAGGGCAACUAUGGCCAGGAAUCCAAGGCCGUGCAGGACACGGCUGUGGUGCGCCAGUCAGAUUAUGUGAAUUCCUACGAUGAGGAGGAUUUCUGGACCAGAAAUGGCCUCAACGCAAGGUCGUUCCAGAAGAAGCACUAUGGCCUGGGAUUGGUGGAGCUGGACCGGGCGAUGAAGACUCGACACUUGCAGAUGAUUGCCAUUGGAGGCUCUAUCGGUGCCGGUUUCUUUGUUGGUUCUGGUGGUGCGCUGUCCAAAGGUGGUCCGGCUUCCGUUCUCAUCUGCUUCCUCCUCGUCGGUUUCAUGGUCUUCAAUGUCGUAUAUGCUCUUGGUGAACUUGCCAUCAUGUAUCCCGUUUCCGGAGGUUUCUACACCUAUGCCACCCGCUUCAUCGACCCCUCAUUCGGUUUCGCUGUCGGGUGGAAUUACUUCUUCCUCUGGUUCGUCGUCUUACCGCUCGAGUUGACAGUAUGCUCCCUCGUCAUACAAUAUUGGAACCAGGAUAUCAGCGUCGGCGUGUGGAUCACCAUCUUCUGGGUCGCCAUCAUCAUCAUCAACGUCUUUGGAAGCAUCGGUUAUGCCGAAGAAGAGUUCUGGUCCUCGGUCAUCAAACUCGCCGCCACCGUCGUCUUCAUGAUCAUCUCCUUUGUUCUCGUGCUCGGCGGCGGUCCUUCACGCGGCAAAUACAGCGAAUAUGUAGGAGCGCAUUAUUGGCAUGACCCUGGCGCGUUCCGCAAUGGCUUUCGCGGCUUCUGCUCCGUCUUUGUCACAGCGGCCUUCUCCUUCACUGGUACUGAGCUCGUCGGUCUCGCCGCAGCCGAGAGUCGCAACCCAGUCAAGUCACUUCCCAGCUCCAUUAAGCAGGUGUUUUGGCGAAUCACCUUGUUCUACGUGCUUGGUCUCUUCUUUGUUGGUCUUUUGGUUCCCUCGGACGACCCUAGACUGCUCUCCAGCGCGGCUUAUACCGAUGUUAAGGCAUCGCCCUUUGUCCUCGUUGGACUCUAUGCUGGUCUCACCGGCUUCGACCACUUCAUGAACGCAGUCAUCCUCAUUUCCGUCAUUUCCAUUGGCGUUUCCAGCGUGUACGGCGGUUCGCGCACUCUAACCGCCAUGGCGCAGCAGGGAUACGCUCCCAAAGUCUUCACCUACAUUGAUCGCUCCGGCCGCUGUCUCCCGUCCACCAUCGUCAUGCUGCUUACUGGAGCCCUUGCCUACAUCAACCUCAACGCCUCGGGACCUACUGUGUUCAACUGGCUGCAAGCACUCUCUGGACUUGCUGUUCUCUUCGCCUGGGCCGCCAUCUGCCUGGCUCAUAUCCGUUUCCGCGCCGCGUGGAAGUAUCACGGCCACUCUCUCGAUGAAAUCCCAUUCCGAGCAAUCUUUGGUGUCGCCGGAUCCUGGAUUGGGCUGUUCAUCUGCUUCAUCGUCUUUGCUGCUCAGUUCUUCACUGCCAUUGCUCCUCCUGGACAGCACGGCCUCAACGAUGCCGAGGGCUUCUUCCAAUCAUAUCUUGCCCUUCCCAUCGUCCUUGCUUUCUGGGUAGCUGGAUAUAUCUGGAAGCGCACUGGUUGGUUGAAGCUUGAGCAGAUCGAUGUUGAUACUGGCCGUCGUGACCUGAACUGGGAUGAGAUCCGCGCGUAUCGCGAGCAUGUCGCUGCUAUGCCUUCAUGGAAACGCAUCUACUAUCAUCUAUUCCAGUAA